AUGAGCGCUCAGCGUUUAUUAAUGAUACAAGAAGUUAUUUUCAUCUUAGUAUGCUACUUCAUGAAUAAAGGAAGUGAUUUUUUCUUACAAAUGUCACUUAACCAAAUGGUGAGGUAUCCUUAUCUUAAUGAAAUUAAGAAUACAAAGCUAAUCAGAUAUAUUCCAAGUCAGUUCAUUAUCUCAGAGUCUAUUAUUAUACAUAAAAAUGACUAUGGAGGUGCCCAACUCAGGAAAAAUGGCGCUUGGGAAAGUAAAGAAGAAAACUACCCCAAUCAACCACUAAUUUUACCACACUACUUCGAUAUUUUUAAUUGUACAAUGGCGUUGCUGCGUAAUGUAUAUAUAAAUCAUGCUUCGGCAAUUGUUACUAACGAUUAUUUUAUCAUUCCCGAUGAAAAUGAUUGGUUUGUUGCUACAAAGAAACCAGGAGAAGGAAAAGUUAUAGCAUCAUAUGAUAAAGCAAUUGCCGUUGGGAGAGACUCAGAUAGAUAUGGACAUUGGAUUCUAGACUAUAUGGGACCUUUAUUAUUACUUCCUAUUGAUGUGAUUUUGACACAUAAAAUCUUAAACAUUCCAAAUAUUCCAAUUGCUCAUGAAAUGCUUGAUUUCUUAGGGGUACCAAAAGAAAAUCGGAUAUUUAGGAUGAAAAAGUAUGAGUUAAUACAUUGCAACUCGGUUUAUUUCCCUUAUAGACCAUUAGUCAAUGCAGACUAUAUUGGAUAUCCUAUUCAAUUAAUUCGAGAUUUUGUGCAUAAGCACUUAAAUCUCUCACAAAUAAAUCAAACAAAGUAUGCUUUCUACCAAAGACAAGCAACAAGAAAGAUUAUAAACUUUGACCAAAUGGUGAGUACAGCAAAAUCAAGCUUUCCUGAAUAUAAUUGGGAAUGCUUACAGGAUAGGCAAAGUUUAAUUGAAUGUGGCAAAAUCUGGGCAGCAAUAAAACUUAUGAUCUCAGGAAAUGGCUCUCACUUGUUUAGAUGUGUAUGUUUAAAGAAAGGAUGCGUUGUUGUUGAAAUAUUAGGUGCCUACAAUGAUUUGUCGUGCAUGGGAGCUCUUUAUUCUUGUGGAGUUCAUGUCAUUUCAAUCAAAAAUCCUUCAAUUUCUUAUUCAAUGUGGUGGGGUGGCUCCAGUUAUAAUGCUGAAAUAGACAAAAUCAUGAAGUCAAUUAGGUAUUUAAAGCCUUAUCUCGAUGGGAAAGAAUUCCCCAAAGAUUCUCUAAGAUUUUAG